AUGAGGGUUCAGCGCGGCAACUCGCGGAUCCUGUUUCAGAAGUGUGCAUACAACAUUCAUAUUUUGACAAAAGCAUUGAAGGUGUACAAACGCGAGUUCAGUCCAUGCCCGAAAUACGGGGCGGGACGGAGCAGUGCCUGGACUCGGGGGCCGCGACCCCGGGCGAGGAGCGAGGCCGUGGCGCCCUGGCCCUACCCGCGCUGCGCGCCCGCCGCCCGGCCUCGCCGGCGCAGGUGCUCCGACUCGCCAAGGGAAAGCCGCAGCCUGACCGACGUGGCCACGAGGCCCCCGGACCGCGCCAGGAGGUCACGGCCCCGCGGCCCGCACCUGGCGGACGCCUGGGGCGAGCCCGGGCCCAAGCCUCAGCCCGGAGGCAGCGUGCACAGCCCGGCCUGGCGGCGGCAGCCCCACCUGCAGCACCGAGGGCCUCAGCACUGCCCUCCGGCCCAGGGAGACUCGCCCCCGCCUUACCCCGAGGGAGCGUACACCCCGCUGAGCGGGACCUUCGGGAUGGAGAGGGCUCAGAGCGGAGACCAGUGGGCGGUGCCGCUGUGCAGAGGUCCAGGUCACUGGUCCCAGUCCUCGGCUCUCUCGGAGAAGUCUUCUGUGCCGUCCCAGGAGUUCAGGGCGCAGUCAGCGUGCGUGUGCGCCCACAAGAGGGACAGCAGUGAUCUGCUGGAGUCAUUAGCCAGCCAGCUCUCCCAGCCCUCAGUCUCCAGCAAAGAGAUUCAGAGCCCGCACACCCAGAUCCUCAAGAGCAAGCUGGAGGAGGCGGUCAUGUCCUCCAGGGACCAGAAGAUCGUGGCCCUAGUGCUGACCCGGCUCAAGAAGGCCCAGAAGAUGCGGGAGCUGCAGCAGCAGGCGGCGGUGGCCUGGGAGGAGCUGAAGCGCUCGGACCAGAAGGUGCAUCUGACCCUGGAGCGGGAGCGCAAGCUGCUUCUGCAGGAGAGCCAGGAGCAGUGGCGACAGAAGGAGCAGCGCGUCCGACGGCGGGACCGCCAAGCCAGGACCGCUCCCAGGUCAGAUCAUGCGUGCAGGGCGCGGCCGGAGAAUCCGCAGGGAGCCCGGGCAGUGGCCGAGCCUGAGCCCGCGCCCGCACCCGCACCCCGGAGGCAGAGCCUCGAGCUGCUCUUGCAGGAGCCCGAGAGGAUGGUGCAGGGCCUGCGGGAGCAGGACGGCCUGCAGCUGCAGGAGAGGCUGGAGCAGGCCUCUCACCGGAAGAGCCUGCACACCUUGGAAACCCAGAAAAAGGUCCAGGAGACCAACCUCAGCUCCCUCGUCAACUACCAGGCCCGGAAGGUCCUGCUGGACUGCCAGGCCAAGGCCGAGGAGCUCCUGAGGAAGCUGUCCCUGGAGCAGAGCUCCCAGCGGCCCCACGAGGUGCCGCAGGGCCUGGUGAAGGAGCGCCCGCGGGAGCUGAGCGACAGGGCCCAGAAGCAGCCGGAGCAGGUGCAGCAGGCGCGGCGGCGCGCGCAGACGUCCGAGGAGCGGACGCGCGCGCACAAGCAGCUGCUGGCCGAGCUGGCCGAGCAGAAGGUGCAGCAGGCGAGGAGUGGCGUCCAGAGGAACAUCAGGGACGAGGUGCAGCACAUCCAUGAGCUCAGUGUCCUGCGGGAGAAGAACCAUCACAUCCUGAAGCUGAAAGCCGAGAAAGAGGAGAAAUGCCACAUCGAGGGCAUCAAGGAGGCCAUCAGGAAAAAGGAGCACAGGAUGGAGCAGAUCACCCGGGAGAAAGACGCCACCUUCGAGGAGUUCCAGAAGAUCUCCAGGGCCUCCAGGAGGGACCACGCCCGCGCGCUGGCCAGCAGCUUCUUGGACCGGAGGGCGCGCGAGGCUCCGCGUGGGCCGGGACCUCAGGGCUGCUGAGAGCGGGGCGCGCAGGGGUCUGCGCAGGGGCGAGGCAGAGGCAAGCGACAGGAUGCGCUCUAUAAUCUCCUUGUAGCUGAGCACUGAUUUGAAAAAGUAUAUAAAAUAGCUGCA